AAUUAAAAUAACAAGAACGAACAGGGCUCGCAGCCGUUUUCGCCGUCCGUCUUCGUGUCCGUGACGCAAAAUUGUUACUUUUAUGCUACUCCCCGCUCCACCCACGCAAGAAGCAGCAGCAGCCGAGUGUUUAGCAUAUUUAGGAUGAGUGUUUUACCGUUUGUACGCGGCGUUGACUUUACAAAAAAUGAUUUCAGCAAAACAUUCCCCAGCUCCAUGCGGCAAAUGUCGAGUGUCCAGUGGCUGACACUGGACCACACACAGCUACACGAGAUCCCCGAGGAGCUGGGCCACCUGCAGAAGCUGGAGCAUCUGUCACUCAAUCACAAUCGGCUGGAGAAGCUCUUUGGUGAGCUGACGGAGCUGACAAGCCUGCGUUCCUUGGAUCUGCGACACAAUCAGCUGAAGAACAGCGGCAUUCCGCCGGAAUUGUUCCAUUUGGAGGAGCUGACGACGUUGGAUCUAUCGCACAAUCGACUCAAGGAGGUGCCCGAGGGAUUGGAGCGUGCCAAGAAUUUAAUAGUGCUAAAUCUAAGCUAUAAUCAAAUUGAUAGCAUACCCACGCCGCUGUUCAUCCACUUGACGGAUCUGCUCUUUCUCGAUUUGUCGCACAAUCAAUUGGAGACGCUGCCGCCACAGACGCGACGUUUGAUCAAUUUGAAGACAUUGGAUUUAUCAAAUAAUCCACUGGAGCUGUUCCAGCUGCGUCAGUUGCCAUCGCUGCAGAGUCUCGAGGUGCUGAACAUGAGUGGGACACAGCGAACGCUACUCAAUUUCCCCACCAGCAUCGACAGUCUGGCCAAUCUCUGUGAGCUGGAUCUAUCGCACAAUGCACUGCCCAAGUUGCCCGACUGUGUGUACAAUGUGAGCACCUUGGUGCGCCUCAAUCUCAGUGAUAAUGAGAUUAACGAGCUGAGCGCCAGCUUGGAGCAUUGGCAACGGCUCGAGUCAUUGAAUUUAUCCCGCAAUCAGUUGACCAUCCUGCCCGCCGCCCUCUGCAAGCUGUCGCGACUGCGACGACUCUUUGUCAACGAUAAUAAGCUGAAUUUUGAGGGCAUCCCGUCGGGAAUUGGCAAACUGGGUGCCCUCGAAUGCUUCUCGGCGGCAAACAAUUUGCUGGAAAUGGUGCCCGAGGGAUUGUGUCGUUGUGGUGCACUUAAGCAGUUGAAUUUGAGUAGCAAUCGAUUGAUCACACUGCCGGAUGCCAUACAUCUGUUGGAGGGACUCGAUCAAUUGGAUUUGCGUGAUAACCCGGACCUGGUGAUGCCACCGAAGCCCAGUGAAGCCAGCAAGGCGACCAGUUUGGAAUUCUACAACAUUGAUUUCUCGCUGCCAACACAAUUACGUUUGGCCGGAGCCGCCGUGCCUCCAUCGAUUCCCGCAACGUCCACGCCCAAGGAUGCGACGGCGCGUAAGAUUCGUUUGCGUCGUGGCCCGCGGGCGGAAGGUGAUGGCGGCCAGGAUGCGGCCAAGGUGCUAAAGGGCAUGAAGGAUGUGGCCAAGGAUAAGAAUAAGGAUGAUAACGAUGCCACGCAUGCGGAAUCAUUGAAACCAAAACGAUGGGACGAGUCACUGGAGAAGCCACAGCUGGACUAUUCCAAAUUCUUUGAGAAGGAGGAUGGUCAACAGCCCGGUCUCACCAUCUGGGAGAUUGAGAACUUUCUGCCCAACAAAAUUGAGGAAGUGGUUCAUGGUAAAUUCUACGAGGGUGAUUGCUACAUUGUCUUAAAGACCAGAUACGAUGAACUGCACACGCUCAGCUGGGAGAUCUUCUUCUGGAUUGGCAAUGAGGCGACGUUGGAUAAGAGAGCCUGUGCCGCCAUCCAUGCCGUCAAUUUGCGCAAUUAUCUGGGCGCCCGGUGUCGCACCAUUCGCGAGGAGCAGGGCGAUGAAUCCGAAGAGUUUCUCGCACUCUUCGAAACGGAGGUCAUCUACAUCGAAGGCGGACGCACGGCCACUGGUUUCUAUACCAUCGAGGAGAUGAUUCACAUUACACGAUUAUACCUGGUGCAUGCCUAUGGCGCAAGUAUUCAUCUGGAGCCGGUGGCCAUGGUCCUGCAAUCGCUGGAUCCACGGCAUGCCUUCGUCCUGGAUGUGGGCACACGUAUACAUAUCUGGUUGGGCAAACGAUCCAAAAAUACGCUCAACUCAAAGGCCCGCCUCAUGGCCGAGAAGAUUAACAAGACGGAGCGCAAGAAUAAAUGCGAUAUACUUGUCGAUAUGCAGGGUGAGGAGAGUGCCGAGUUCUGGGAAGCAUUCGAUGUGCUGCCCGAGGAGGUGGCCGAUCUGCCGCCACCGGAGGAACAUAUCGAUGAGGACUAUGCGCCCGUCCAGCCACGCCUCUAUCAAGUGCAACUGGGCAUGGGAUAUCUGGAACUGCCGCAGGUUGAGCUGCCGGAACAGAAGCUAUCACAUACGCUGCUCAAUAGCAAGCACGUCUACAUCCUCGACUGCUACACGGAUCUGUUUGUCUGGUUUGGCAAGAAGUCAACCCGCUUGGUUCGUGCCGCCGCCGUCAAGUUGAGUCGGGAGCUCUUCAACAUGAUGGAUCGUCCGGAUUGUGCGCUCGUCAUGCGUGUUGCCGAGGGCAAUGAGAUGCAAAUCUUUCGCAUCAAAUUCCCCGGCUGGGAUGAGGUUAUGGCUGUCGAUUUCACCCGCACGGCCAAAUCGGUGGCCAAAACUGGAGCCAAUCUCACCGAGUGGGCGAUUCAACAGAAGACGCGUACGGAUCUGAGGGCAUUAUUUAUGCCCCGACAGAGCGCCAUGCCAUUGGCUGAGGCUGAACAGCUGGAGGAGGAAUGGAACUACGAUCUCGAGAUGAUGGAGGCCUUUGUGCUCGAGAACAAAAAGUUUGUUCGCCUGCCCGAGGAGGAGCUCGGACAUUUCUAUACCGGUGAAUGUUAUGUGUUUCUCUGUCGCUACUGCAUACCCGUCGACGAUGUGGACAGUGGGGAACCUGGUGCAACUGGUGGUGCUGGUGCUGGUGCUGAGGGGAUUGGCGGGGAUGACAGCAAGUCAGCGCCGCCAGAGGAUGAAAUCGAGUGUGUCGUCUAUUUCUGGCAGGGACGCAAUGCCGGCAACAUGGGUUGGCUCACAUUCACAUUCACGCUGCAAAAGAAGUUCAAGGCCAUGUUCGGUGAGGAGCUCGAAGUGAUGCGCAUCUUUCAGCAGCAGGAGAGCCUUAAAUUCAUGUCCCACUUCAAGCGCAAGUUCAUCAUCCACACCGGCAAACGCAAGAGCAAAUCUUUAACGCCCGAUGGCAAACCCGCCGUCGAGUUCUUCCACCUGCGAUCCAAUGGCGGAGCAUUGACCACACGACUCAUACAAAUUCAGCCGGAUGCAGUGCACCUCAACUCGGCAUUCUGCUAUAUUCUUCAUGUGCCAUUUGAAACGGAGGACGAGUCACAGUCGGGCAUUGUGUAUGUCUGGCUGGGCAGCAAGGCAUGCAACGAGGAGGCGAAACUGGUCCAGGAGAUUGCCGAACAGAUGUUCAACAGUCCCUGGGUGAGCCUGCAGAUACUCAACGAGGGCGACGAGCCGGAGAACUUCUUUUGGGUGGCAUUGGGCGGUCGCAAGCCAUACGACACGGAUGCGGAAUAUAUGAAUUACACGCGACUAUUUAGGUGCUCCAAUGAGCGUGGUUAUUUUACGGUUGCCGAAAAGUGUGCCGACUUUUGUCAGGAUGAUCUGGCUGAUGAUGAUAUCAUGAUACUCGAUAAUGGGGAGCAUGUCUUCCUCUGGAUGGGACCACGUUGCAGUGAGGUUGAGGUCAAGUUGGCAUAUAAAUCGGCCCAGGUUUAUAUACAGCACAUGCGGAUCGAACAGCCUGAAAGGCCGCGCAAACUAUUCCUCACCAUGAAGAACAAAGAAUCGAGACGUUUCUCCAAAUGCUUCCAUGGCUGGAGUGCAUUCAAGGUGUACAUUUAAAGGCCGUGCGGUGCCGUGACAGAGUAUCCGCCGGACAUGACAAUUUUCGACUGCAAUAUAUAAACACACACGCACACAUACCCGCAAACACACCCACACGACAAGAAAAUCGCCAGCAAAAUGUUUGUACUUUUAUAAUGUAUUUAAUUGUUUAUUAUUUUAUUUAGAUCCGUUGUUUAUUUUAUUUUACUUAUUUUUUUUUAUGUAUAUAUAUAUACAUAUAUAUUUCGCCGCCCAAUUAAUUAAUUAAUUUAACACUCGCCCUUGUCUACGCAAAGUAUUCUUUUAUCUACAUAUAUAUACUAUUGUAUGUACUACUUAUUAUAUACAUAUAAACUAUUUAUAUGCUGAGCCGGCGAAAUUUUUGUGCUAGUCCAGAAGGAUGUUAAUCCUCAGAAAUCGAAACGAUAUCGUUAACGAAAUAAAUCCAAACAAUUGCUAAUUGCACAAUGUCUUGCUGCUUGCAAAAAUUCGCCAACUAAUUGUACAAAAUCAUAUUUAUUGCAAUUAAUCAAUUAUACAAUGAAAAUGAAUAAAAAUGCCAAUUUAAAACUCAA